AUGCGAGUCGCUAGCAUCUUCUCGGCGGUGCUGCUUGGCACAGCCGCAGCGCUCGCACCUAUUGAAAUCCUCGGCAACAAGUUCUUCGACGAGAAGGGCAGACAAUGGUUCAUGAAAGAUGAUCCGCUCGUCGACACCGAGCAAUGCACCCGCGACGCGGACCUCAUGAAGACGCUGGGCACCAAUGCUAUUCGUAUAUACCAUGUCGACCCCGAUGCUAACCACGACGGCUGCAUGGCUGCUUUCGACAAGGCUGGCAUCUACACCCUCAUCGACCUCGACACUUUUGACUCUUACAUUCUUCCGAAUACUCCCUACUGGAACGAGACACAGUUCAAUGCGUACGCCAAAGUCAUGGACGUCUUUGAGAAAUACGACAACGUCCUCGGCUUCUUCGUUGGCAAUGAGAUCAUUGCGCUUGAUAACCAGUCUCAGGUUGCCCCUUUCAUGAAAGCUGCUGCACGCGAUAUGAAGGCCUACCGCGACAAGAAGGGUUAUCGCAAGAUUCCCGUUGGCUACUCUGCGGCCGACAUCGCUGAGUUGCGACCCAUGCUGCAGGACUACCUCACCUGCGGUGGCAAGCCAGAGGAUAACAUUGACUUCUUCGGACUCAACUCGUACGAGUGGUGCGACCCCAACACCUACAACACAUCCGGUUACGCAAACCUCCAGGCCAUGGCUGAGCAGUUCCCCGUCCCCAUCUUCUUCACUGAGACGGGAUGUAUCACUGGCGAUGGCCCGCGGACUUGGGACGACCAAGAUGCCAUCUUCAGUCAGCCCAUGGUUGAUGACUGGAGCGGAGCAAUGGUCUACGAGUGGAUCUAUGAGGAGAACCGUUACGGUAUCGUGUCUUAUGGCCCUGAAGUCUCCAAGACGAUUACCGCCGGCGAUGUUUACGACGGCUUCACCCGCAAAGGCACUCCGAUUCCUCGCUCUCCAGAGUUCCAGAAUCUCCAGUCCAAGUGGGCUACGAUCACACCCACCGGUAUCAUGAAGUCCGACUACAACCCAAGCAGCGUCUCUACCCGAGAAUGUCCCAAGGCCACCGGUGGCUGGCUUGUCGACGGCAAUGUCGCCCUGCCUAGUCUUGGGGAGACCUUCAAGGGCAGCUACUCUUCGACGCCAACAGCGGAGCCUGGUGCAACCACAUACGCUUCUGGCUCUGCAGCGCCGACUGAAUCUGCAAAGUCCUCAGCCCCCGAGAGGCCUUCAGGUUCCGGCACCAAACAGAUCGCCGGCAUGGCAAUCGGUCUUGUCGGUGUGAUGAUCUUUUUCACCGUGUGGAUGUAA